CUGCAGACGACAUACAUGAGGGUCACGGCGUGCUGCACAAGGAGAGGUUAAUGUGAGGGUUCAAAGUCAGCAAGUGGAGGGGUCUGGUUCUCAUCGGGGCUCAGCCUCCGACGCCAAACCCGUACUUUUCGUGCCCGACAGUUAAUCUCAAAUCAUGCCUGGCCCAAGUAAACGGUGGGAGUCCAGCUCUGCCCCGAACUCUCCGGUCGUAGGAGCCGUGCGGCGCAAGUUUGACGACGAGGAGGCCGAGGAUAGCGAUGUUCUAGACUCAUGGGACGCCGCCGAAGAUUCCGAGGCCGAGCGCGAGAAGGCGAAGAAGGCUGCCGAAGCAAAGGCCAAGGCGGAGGCAGAAGCUGCCGCAGCUAAGAAGAGCAAGGCCCAGCGGAUUGCCGAGCGCCAGGCGGAGCGCGCGAAGGCUAAGGCCGACGCCGAGGAGGAUGACAGUGACGAGGAGACCGAGGCGCAGAAGCGUGAGCGUCUCCGCCGGACCGAGAAGGAGGCCGACCUUAAACACGCCGAGGAUCUCUUUGCCGACGUCGGCAAUAACAUCGGGGGGCGCAAGGCGACGACGGCAGGGAGCGCCGUGCCGAUUGAUGCCAGCGACCCGACCAAGACGGUCGAUAUCUCGGAGUUGCCGCUGUUCAAACCUGCGACCAAAGCGCAGUUCGAGCAGCUGCGUAAUGUCGUGGGCCCCAUCCUGUCGAGCAACUCUAAGAAGCCGCACUACACUUCUUUCCUGCAAGAUUUCGCCAAGCAGCUUGCAAAGGACCUGCCAAGCGACCAGAUUAAGAAGAUUGCCAGUACCUUGACUGCUCUUAGUAAUGAGAAGAUGAAGGAGGAGAAGGCGGCCGAGAAGGGCGGCAAAAAAUCGAAGGCAGCUAAGACCAAGACUUCGCUUGCGGGCGUCGCCCGCGGCGGCGGGGUGGCAGACAGUUUGCACACGUACGACGACGACGAUGGCUUUGGGGAGUAAGUUGUUCGGAACCCUUAACAUUGCGGAGCUCGAAGACUAACAAUUUCUAAGUGAUGACUUCAUGUGAACGCUCCUCAUUGUGGCCGAGCAGUUCGCCGGGCGGUAUCCCUAUCGCUGCACUCCUGGAUUUGAGCGACCGGACGAAGACUACAUUGGCUUUAUCCCAAUAAGCGCCGACCAGUCCACGAGUGACCUCCCUCUAACAUACAAGAAGCGCUAUUCAAGGCCUGGUGCGUCAGGGGUAGAGCAGCGCCCUGUCCACGGUAGUUGCGUUGGUGGUGGGAUGGGGUGGGUGAUGGGAGGACGUGGUCGCCAGUCUGUUGGGCCGGCGUUGAUCUGCCCGAGAUAUUUGGGGCGGUAGGAGAAUGCAGGG